CCCUGAGAGUCAAAUCCCAAAGUUCACCGAAACGAUUCGUGUGAAAGAGUCGACUCGUUACAGCGACACCUCACUAGGGCUUAGUGUCCCGUUUUUACCAGAUGUGAAUGGUGCCCUCUGGUAAGUCAGCUUCUGCUCUAAUUAUACUUAAAAGUAAAGAACAUUAACAGAUUUCACUAUGAUGACGUCGGACGAGAUUAAACACGAGGAUGCGGAACCCGCGGCAAGUUCCAGUAGUCCGGAGCGGUCUUCUGAACAGACGGAAGAUGAAAUGCACAUCUGCUCACGUUGUGGAAAAAGUUUUCCACACCAGAGUCAUCUCCAAACACAUCAGUGCAUUCAUAUUAAAGGGAAGCCGUACCAGUGCUCUGAGUGUGAGAAGUGUUUUAACGAUCGCAGUAGUCUUAUAAAGCAUCUGCGAAUCCAUACAGGAGAGAAACCCUAUCAGUGCUCCGAGUGUGGGAAGUGUUUCACUCAGAAGGGUCACAUCACUAAACACCUGCAGAUUCACACACAAGAAAAGCCAUAUAACUGCUCGCUCUGUGGUAAAAACUUUAAUUACCUCUGUAAUCUCCAGCGACACCAACGCACUCACACGGGAGAGAGGCCCUUUCAGUGUUCACAGUGUAAGAAGAGGUUUAGUGAGAAAGACGGUCUCAUAAGACACCAGCGCAUUCACACCGGAGAGAAGCCGUACGAGUGUUUGGAGUGUGGGAAGAGUUUCACUGAGAGAGGGAGUCUCCUAAAACACCAGAGGAUUCAUACCGGAGCGAAGCCGUUCGAGUGCUCGUAUUGCGAAAUGAGUUUUACACAGAGGUGUAAUCUCCAACAGCAUGAGCGCAUUCACACGGGAGAUAAACCAUUUUACUGUCUUGAGUGUGGGAAGAGCUUUAAUCGGGAGACGGCUCUCCAAGUACACCAGUGCAGUCACACGGGGGAGAAGCCAUAUCACUGCCCGGAGUGCGGCAAGAAUUUUAGUGACCAGAGUAAUCUCCGACAACACCGACGCAUUCACUCAGGAGAGAAGCCGUAUCACUGUUCACAUUGUGGGAAGAGUUUCACUCGAAAGAGUCAUCUGAAAGAACACCACCGGAUUCACACAGGAGAGAAACCGUAUCUCUGCUCACAGUGUGGGAAGAGUUUCUCUGUAAAGAGUAAUCUGGAACAACACCAGCAGAUUCACACGGGAGAAAAGCCGUUUCUCUGCUCACACUGUGGAAAGAGUUUCACUCAGAAGAGCACUCUGAAAAAACACCAGCGCAUUCACACAGGAGAGAAACCGUAUCAGUGUCCACAGUGUGGGAAGAGUUUUAUCGAGAGAGGCAAUCUCCUCAAACACCAGAGGAUUCAUACAGGAGAGAAGCCGUAUCGCUGCUCACACUGCGGGACAAGUUUUACAGAAAGGAGUGCACUCCAACAACACUUACGCAUUCAUACAGGAGAUAAACCUUAUCACUGCUUAGACUGCGGGAAGAGUUUUAAUCGAGGAAAUACUCUCCAAGUACAUCAGCGCAUUCACACAGGAGAGAAGCCAUAUCACUGCUCGCAGUGUGGGAAGAGUUUUACUAGACAGAGUAGCCUCCAGGUACACCAGCGCAUUCACACAGGGGAAAAGCCAUACUACUGCUCCGAGUGUGGGAAGAGCUUUAGAGACCAUAAAAACUUUCAGCGUCAUCAACGUGUUCACACGGGCGAGAGGCCUCACAGAUGCUCACUGUGUGGAAAGAGUUUCACUAAAAAGUGUAAUCUCAAACAACACCAGCUCGUUCACACCGGAGAGAAGCCGUACCAGUGCUCAUACUGUGAGAAGAGUUUCACUAAAAGGAGUAAUCUCAAACAACACCAGUAUGUUCACACAGGAGAGAAGCCGUACCAGUGCUCACAGUGUAGCCUGAGUUUCACUCAGAAGGUUCAUCUCGUGCGACACCAGCAUAUUCACACAGGAGAAAAACCACAUCAGUGUUCUCAGUGCGAGAAGCGUUUCAUUGACAGCAGCAGUCUCAUAAAACAUGAACGAAUUCACACAGGAGAGACGGUCUGUCACUGUUCAUUAUGUGGUUAUAGUUUUAACUGCCUCAGUAAUCUGAAACGACACCAGCGCAUUCACAAAGCAGAGAAACCCCAUCAGUGUUCACAGUGUGGAAAGAGUUUUGUUGAUAAAGGUAAUCUGAUAAAACACCAGAAAAUUCACACAGGAGAGAAGCCGUAUCGCUGCUCACACUGUGGGAGGAGUUUUACACAAAGAUUUAAUCUCCAUCAGCACAUGCACAUUCACAGAGGAGAUAAACCAUACUACUGCUCAGAGUGUGGAAAGAGCUUUAAUCGAGAGUACACUCUUCAGUUACACCAACAGACUCAUACAGGCGUUAAACCCUAUUACUGUUCACAGUGUGGGAGGAGUUUUAGUAGUCUGAGUAAUCUCAAACAACACCAGCGCAUUCACACAGGAGAGAAGCCGUACCAGUGUUCGCAGUGUAAGAAGAGUUUUAGUUCAAGCGAUACUCUCAAAAACCAUCACCGAAUUCAUACAGGAGAGAAGCCGUACCAGUGCUCACAGUGCGGGAAGAGUUUUACACAAAUGGGUCAUCUCCAGCAGCACCAACGCAGUCACACUGGAGAGAAACUGUACCAGUGUUUGCAGUGUAAGAAGAGUUUUAGUUCGAGCGAUAUUCUCAAAAGUCAUCAGCGCAUUCACACAGGAGAGAAGCCAUAUCACUGCUCAGACUGUGGCAAGAAGUUUUGUCACCAGAGAAAUUUCCAGCGACACAAACACACAGCUCACACUGCUGUGAAUGAUGACAUGAUGCAGUUCCCAUGAAAACUUGUAGGAACUUGUAUUAUUCUUAAAGAUAUUUUUUCCAUUAUAAAUUCUGCACCACAUUGUAGAGUCUGUACAGUUUGGAAAGUAUCAGUGAACUCUUAUAAAGCUUUGCAAGAUUAUUCAUUAAUGGACCAGAUUUUUAUAACCUUAUUCUUCACACAUGCUCAAGUUGUAUAUUAUGGUAAUGUAAGACAUCCUAUAGAGCUACAAAUGUUGUAUGUUGUAAAUUUUAUUUUAUUUUAUUUUAUUAAUAUGUGGCUAGCUAUGUAAAACUGUAAAUUACUCUAACAUGCUAAAUAAAUAAAUAUUUCUACAAGGAAUAAUAAAAGGACAGUCAUCAUC